UUUUUUAUAUUUUAUGCACAGAAACUCCUUGCUAAAAUGGUAAGGCUCUAUGAGAACCGAAUUGACUGGCUGUCUGUUGCUAGCAGAGGAAUAUGGGGAAGUGUUUGUGAAAGGAGGGUAGUUAUACUUGUUGAUAUAUCAGCAACAAACUCUAUGUACAUCAUUCGUAUCCAACAUUCUUUGCGACUUCUACUUGAGGAACAAUUGUCAAAUACGGAUUACUUCAAUAUUAUAGCAUUUGGGAGUGAUGUUGUGCCUUGGCAGCUGGAACUGGUUCCUUCCCAACCAGCAAAUUUACAAAAUGCUUGGAGGUGGGUGUUGAGCUUGCAGUGCAAAGGGAGUAGAAAUUUCAUGAGUGCGCUCAGGAGAGCUGUGGAAGUAGACUUCAAAGACAAAGAUAAACACAAAUCACAAGGACUUUACUUGCUGACUACUGGAAUACCUGAUCAGGAAACACACACAAUCAGUGCUUAUGUGGCUGAGGUUUGCAGAGGUUUUGAUUUGCAGCUUCACGUCUGUCUGUUCAGUGUAACGGAGGACGUCGACUCCAGUGGGAUUAUUCCAGCCCACUAUGCUAACCCAACAGAAACUGCCAUUGCUUUUAAACAAAUAGUUCAGGCAGCCCGUGGGAGAUUUCAUUGGUUUGGAGAAGCAGGUAUUUUUGAAAGUGACGAUAUCACUAUUAUUGUGUCUGAAAUGGAAAAAGCAAACAACUACUCCCAAAAGUGUGCAUUCCUAGUGGAAUCCUUAAAGCACCGUUCAGUAAAUCAGUCUGUUAAUCCCUUUGUACCAGAAGGAGACUCAAAUGUGCUUCCAAAGAAAGAGAAAAUAAAGCCAAAGAAGUUGCCAUCUCCUAAACCCACAGCUCUGAGUCUGGCUAGAAUGAACAUUAAGAACAACCAUGGAGCAGAGAGAAAUGCUUCAGUACGAGUAUUGGCAUGGCGUCCUACUAGUGCCAAAGCAGAAAUUCCACCAGCACAAACAAUAAAAGAACGGCCUCAGACUGAGAAUAAAAGAAAGCAUAAACCAAGGAAGCAGUGCGAGUUUUCUGUGUCGGUAUUUUAUACUGAUAAAGGAAGAAAUGUGGGUACAGUAUAUCGGAAGUAUCCAAAGCUAACGUGCGUAAGAAAGUCUGUUCCCUCUGUCACAUUGCCAAAGAAAGAGGAACUCUGCUCAAGCAAAGAGUGGCUGACCAAGUACGGUAUUAAAAAGCUUAAACUGGAAUUGCCCAGACUGGUGUUUGGUCCAGGCUGUACUCACCAAAAGAAAACUGUGGCGUCUCUGCACAAGAAAGUAACCGCAAAAUACUGUACCAUCUUCCCGAGUGUAGAAAUCAAUGGGGUUGUGAAACAUCUGCAGAUUCAACCUAAAGAACUGGCAAUCUACACUGAACAACUGGAGAAAGUGGUGCAGCGCUAUAUAAAAAGAAUACAGUGGCUUCUGUCAGGAAGCCGAAGAUUGUUUGGUACCAUUUUAGAAACAAAUGUCUGUGUUUUGAUUGAUACAUCUGGUUCCAUGGACCCGUAUUUGCCACAUAUCACGAAAGAACUUAUCUCCCUUAUCUGGGAGCAGCUGAGAAAAAAUGAAGUCAGGUUUAACCUGCUCAGAUUUGCAGAAAAUACUGAGUGUUGGAAGGAAUGUCUUGUAGAGGCAACUGAUGAAACGUGUCACGAUGCUGUGCAGUGGGUGUCCACGUUCCAUGCUCAUGGGAAUACAUGCAUCCUUACAGUUUUACAGAAGGCCUUCAGUUUCCAAGGUACAGAGGCACUGUAUGUAUUGACUGAUGGAAAACCAGACACCAGUUGCAGUCUGAUUUUGAAAGAAAUUGAAAGAUUGAGAAAGAAACAAGAUAUUAAAAUCCACACCAUUUCUUUUAGCUGUACAGACAG